GCAAAAAUGACUUCACCAACUCGCUCGUCGCAUCGAGCGGUCUCUCCCUCUGCGCCAAGUUCAAGCCGCCAUCACCGCAGCCGCCGCAGCCAUUCCCACCGCCACCGGCCCCGAGAGAGCUCGCGCUCGCGCUCUCCGCACCGAUCAGACAGACACAGAUCAGACCGUCACCACCGCCGUGGCGAAGACAAAGACGGGCACCACGAGCGACGACACAGAGAUGCUCCAGCGAAACCGGUCGUGCUCCCUUAUCAAGCGCGCGAGCUAUCAGGGCGCGACCUGAAGGUUUACGAGCCCAUGUUUGGGAUGUACUUAGAUAUCCAAAAAGGAAAAUAUAUCGAAGACUUGAGUGAAGAUGAGGUGAAAGGGCGAUGGAAGAGCUUUACGCAAAAAUGGAACCGCGGAGAGCUUGCAGAGGGAUGGUAUGAUCCCGUUACACUCGACAAGGCACGCCAGAAUGCAGAAGAAGAACCGGCAGCUGGCCCGAGAGGCAGACGCGAAUCGCCUGAUUAUACGCAGCGCGAGCGAGCGACCGGUGAAGCCCUACAGGAUCCGCCAGUAGGCGAUGACGAUGAUGACGAGGAUGAGGAUGACGAGUACGGGCCUAGUCUGCCACAAGCUGGCUCAGGGAGAGGCGGCCCACAAGCGGGCCCUGCCAUUCCAACUAUGCAAGAUCUCGAGCUCAAAAGAGAAUCUGCUUUUGAGGAUGCCGUCGCUGCCCGCAGUGAAUCACGCGAUCAGCACCGCGCUGAAAUUCGUUCACAUAAAUCCGAAAUGCGCCAUCUCCAAGAAGAGAUUGCGCCGCGGGCUGAGCCAGGUACACGGGAGAGACAGCUCGAGAAGCGGCGAGAAGCUGCUUCGAGCAACCGUGCAUUUGCGGACGCGCGCGGUGGUUCACCCGAGGCAGCUCGUGAUGAAGAUUUAAUGGGCGGGGGCAAUGAGUUUUCUGCCUUGAAACAGGAGAAGGAGAAAGACCAGCGUAAAAAGAACGACCGUGAGAUCCGGAGAGAGGAGAUCCUUCGUGCGCGUACAGCGGAGCGAGAAGAACGUGCGCAGGCGUAUCGACAGAAGGAGCAAGAGACUAUGGGCUUCUUGCAAGCUCUGGCGAAGCAGCGAUUUGGCUGAAAAUUAAAAAGGGCGUGUCGUGUUCACG